UUCGUUUUCUUCUCCUUCUCCUUAUUCUCCAUUUCUCUCACUUCACAAAUGGAAAAAAAAACAAUCACUUCAUAUUCCACAAAUCAUCUUGUUUACACAUCUUGCACCAAAGCAAGUUACCCCAAAAUUUGCAUUAGAACCCUCUCAUCAUACUCAACCAUAAAAACACCAAAAGACUUAGCAAAAGCAUCACUAAAUGUGAGUAUUUCAAGAGCCAACAAAGCAUCAAAAUUCCUCAAAAAUCUCAAAGUGAAAAGCAAAAGAGAAAAAGGGGAACUUGUUGAUUGUAUAGAGCAAAUAGGUGACUCUAUACAUGAGCUUAGAAAAGCACUUUUUGAGCUAAAACACUUGCAUAAAGGGAUUGGUUUUAAGUUCCAAAUGAAUAAUUUGGAGACUUGGAUUAGUGCUUCUUUGACAAAUGAUGAUACUUGUCUUGAUGGUUUCAAAGAAAUUGAUGGAAAAGUUAGGUAUGAUGUGAAGAGAAAGAUUUCUAAUGUUGCAAAGGUUACAAGUAAUGCUCUUUACCUCAUCAAUCUACUUUACAACCGAGGCGGAUCCAGAAUCUGAA